GCUCAGUUCUCGCGUGGAGGUUCACCACGCGCGUUCUUUGAGAUUACGAGACGACGAGGAUACGGGAACGGAUGGUUGUAACCAAUGUGUACGCUUAGUACAGUGUGACGCACGGAUUCCUUUUUUAUUUGUAUUUGAUCUUUUGAGAAACUUCAAAAAGUCAAAUCACGAAAAUGAUUUUUUAUUAUAUGAUAUUGCUAUUUCUUAGCUGGCCGCAGACAAGAUGCACAGAAGAUAUCGAUUUAAAAGGUACAGAGAGCUUCGAUCAACUAGCAACCGCUUCGGAGACUAUAGUACACGCCGUAAAAAAGCCGGAUAAAAAUUCGAAAGAUCUUCAAGCCCAGCCAUCGAGGAUAUCGUCGUCAAUAAGCACAGGAGUACACUAUGAAAAUUCUAAUGGCUUUGUGCCUAUAUUACCAUCCAUGUCGUCUGUCUUGUAUGAUCUGUCAUCGACACAGACUAAUAGUCAUGAGCAGCAGAAACUAAGCCAGUCUGAAGAGAGCAACGCAACAAAUGCCGUAAGUGCUCAAGACAGCUUCAAUGCGAGAGCGGAAAAGUUGGAAGAAGAUUUAGCAAAUUCCUCGGAAGCGAGGAUUUUCUUGAGUCAGCCUGGAUCACUGACGAAUCGCAGAUCUUUCGAUUUCCAGGACGAGAGGCUGAAUGAGUUCGAGCUGCUGAAGGUGAACAACGACACCCCCGCGGUGGCCAAUUUCCAGGAGUUUUAUGAGAACGUACACGACACUGAUAUCGACAGCGAGCCCGAGAAAUCAUCUACGGGACAUCAUCAAAAGGGUGAGAGAGGGAAGAGACUCGAGAAACACACCCGCAAUUAUGGUCAGCAGUCGCAGCAAAGUAACGGCGAGGAUAUUUACGCUCAAUUCUAUGCUCAAUACAACAACGGCCAGGACACAAAGAAAACUGUUUAUGGGCAGGAGAAAGUUGCUGGUAAUUAUCAACAGCAGAGUAUCGCGAAUUACAACGGACAGAGCGCGGCCAAGCAGAAUGCAGCGGCGGUCCCGUCCUCAUCAAGGACGAAUUACGAGGCCAACGAACUCACUCAUGGCGGAACUUAUGGCGAUGCGGUAGAAUCACCGAGACCACGCCAGAGAUUCUUGAAGCCCGUCGUGGUCGCCGAUCCGAGCAACUACAAAGUAGAAGCGAAAUUCAGCAGUCAAUUGCGAAACAGUGAAUCGGACAAUGAUUAUAAAACUUUGAGAAAUCUGGAAUCUUCUAGUUCAAAGACAUUAAAUCAUUACGAUGCUUACAACAGUAGACAGCGUAGUUAUCAACGUACAGAAGACUCUAGAAGUUCGGACGAAAGCACAGAAUACUCUGAUUACAUUGAACGACCAAGAGCGAGAACGCAAAAGAAUCAGAAACGUCCUUCAUAUCCUGAUCCCUCUAGAAAACUUCCCAAAGAACAUCGGGAAACUUUGAACGAGAGUGCAGAAGAGGGUAAAGACGCAUAUAGCCCUUCAAAAGUAAAGUCACAGCGAUAUAGAGUGAAGGCAAAUCCAUGGCUCAAUGAUCCCAAUACAAAUCAUCGCGACGAGAGUGCCGAAGACACCAGACAUGAUUCCAGAGGCACUACGAAAACGAAGAACUCCAACGUGCAACACGUAUCAAAGAAUACUAAUACGUGGAACCAGAUAUCUCCAAAUAUUGAGAUCUCUCAUUCCAACGGAAUCGAGUUAGAUCAGGUGGAAAAGCCGAAAUACGUUGUUAAUCUCGUACCCGUGACAAACUUCGACCACGCUACCGCAUUAGGCGGUAGCCAGGGUUUUGACGUGUCCAACGCGAUGCUGCAGAACAUCGCCACUGUCGCGCCAAUCGGUGCGUUCAGCACGACUGCGCCUAUUUUGAGCACGCCUCAGACUAUAUUCGCUCAGAAUUUGGCAUUAUCGAAAAAUCUGGCGGUUUCUACACCACUGCCCGACAUCAUCGUGGGCCAGAAUUCCUUUCAAAGUCCCGUACAUACGAUUCUAGUCUCUCCGAGCAGUCCAAAUAAGAUCAUAGAUCCGUUGAGGGCGACCUACGUGCCGAGCACGAUGACGCCUGUCUUUGCCCUCACACCCGGCUUGAGUCCGACGCUGCAGAGCGUGAGUGUUCAUGGUGUGCAGAGCAACGUAACGCCGCGGCCGACCUUUGCCGUGGUGCCGCAGCCGACCGUUCAGACGUAUCCGAGUUUUCUACAGACGCCGCUGCAGGCAACUCAGCUCCAGGUAAAUACCCACGGACUACAAGAUCAGAAUUUGAUAACUCACGGUAACUUGCAGGUACAGAGUCUGCCGACGGCGCCCACGUUGCUAUCUAGUCAGACGAUUCAGCCGGAGGGAAGAGCCAACGCAGAAGUGCAAAGUAAGAAGAACGCGUAUCCCGCUUCCGGCCCGAACUUCCUCGCUACCGCGAGUCUGGCCGUUGGUCAAAAUGGACAGAAGCAGGCGACUAACACCUACUACAUACCAAGUCAGAAUGCUCAGCAGGUGAAUAUCGCAUCAAAAACAAAGACCUUCGUGCAAGCAACUCAGGUAGUACCAGCUAUACAGCAACUAAUUCCAAAUCAACAGAAUUUGCAGGAACUGCAUGCUCAAAUGAAUAAACAACUGGCGAAGAACGGUAGACUGCCCGGAGUUGUAUUGCAAACCGCCGACAGCGCGGCUAGUCAUUCAAUCAGUAAUUUAAAUACGGUUGGAACAGCAAAUGCUCAUCUGCCAAACAUAGGAGCGAAGAAUGUGGAGAUCGUGAAUCCAAAUAUUAAAUCAAACCCGCUCAACAAUAUGAACCCGUAUCAGAUGCUGCACUAUCCAGCUACCGUUGUAACGACACCUAACCCGAUUUUCAGCACGAUUGCUUCAGUCACUCCGCAGACUGCGGUCAAUUUGCAGAAUUAUGUGAGUUCUUUAACAGAGUCAGGAGCUAAGAAACAAGUAGAUCUUAAACCCUCACAGAAUCAGGAACCAAUGUUUAAUCCUAUCAAUUUUGUUCCUAACGUCGAUAUUAUCAAGAACCAGAACGCUCUUAACAAUAAGCCGCACAACGAGCCCGUUCAGCAAGGUUUAAAUCUGGUGCCCGCCAUGCCCGGCGGAAACUUCUUUAAACCAUACUCAGGUCAAAGCGAGCUCCUCAUGAAACCGAAGCUUACAUCAGACUUGCAGAAAUACGCCGAAGAGAUGUUUAAGGAAUCUCUGAAGACAAUGUACAACUCGCAAAAGUGGAAUAAUGACAGAAGGCCGCAGGGGAGUACUCAGAAUUAUUCCGAAGCGAAUGACCUGGCCAAACUGAGGAUCGAACUGCAAAAAUUGAGAACUUCCUUAGCGGAAUCAAAAUACAGAGACAUUAUCGAAGCGCAUCAAAGCGAGAACAAUGUGCGCACAGCUAACGCGCCAAAAUCGAAAAAGAAAGAUCCGUUACUGGCAACUUUGGAGCAUCUGCUAAAGACUCGACCCGCGGGACCGAUACAUAUCUAUCAUGGCCCUGUUAAAUCCGGCCGCAAACCUAAAUUGGGAGAUUCGAACUUCGCCGCGAGUACCAAUUAUGAUGACUUUAAUGAAAAUAGUCACUUAGAGUUCCUCUCGCCACCAAGACCGAGUCCUUUCUAUGACAAACCGAUGAAAAAACGACCAGGUCCGCGAUACAAGAACGGCCUGAGAAAGCCAAUGAGACCAGGCAGCUCGUUUAAAUCCAGUGGGAUAGAAACGUCUGCUAGCAAUGUAGAUAUAUAUAUGGAUGGAUCGCAAUACCACAAGUCACCUACAGAUUUUGAUUCUGAAAGCUUUGAUUAUGAUGCUAGACACCGAUCAUCUCAUGAAUCAUAUCCGACAUUCACCACGUCAACGCCGGAAAUUGUUGAUAAAAUUCUAAGAGAGAUAAAGAUGUCAAAUAACAAAGACUACGACAUCAAUCAUCCUAGAAUGCACAAUCUUCUCGGUUUGUUAAUGAAAAACAAACAGCUGCCGACUAGAGGCGCGCAGAAUUAUUUUCGUGACAGAAAUCAGCUGAGGCAAUAUUUCGAGAGGGAUAGGCGUCGGUUGCAGCAGCAGUUUUACGGUGACGCUCUAAAAAAUUACAUGGACAGAUCCGAUAUUGCGUCGCAAUCUGCCUCGGUUACUAAUAGGAAUGUUUAUUCGGAGAACAGCACCGCGUAAAUCCGUAAUCAAAAAUACAAGCAAGACGUCGAUCACGCGAUGUGUUCGUUGGAUCUGCUCGUGUAAUCGUAAAUCCGCUCGCGAAAGAACUAGAAUUAAUUAGGUAGUAAAUAGUUUAUCCUGCUGGCGAUAACGAACGACUUCCCGUCUGUUUUACGCGUUAAUGAAAGCUGUAUCACGCCAGCAUUGAUCGCUGCGCUGUUCACAUUAAGAUUCAAUUAUAGUAAGUAACGUUUUAUACGGAAGUUGUAAAAUCAAUCGUUAGUAUCGGAUGCGCUCACACGGAACGUUUGGUUCGAAGGAAAAGAAAUUUCAUCUGUCAUCUUUCAGCGUAAGACGCUGACAAAUAUUGUGUGUACAUAGUAAGUUAGAUCAGAAAUACAUAUUUGUAAUUUGUAUGCGUUUCUCAUGUCUGCGUCCUAUCCAUUUUUCUUUUCGUUGAUAUCUUUUCUUAUCCAAAGACGCGAUAUACAGAUAGAACUGAAAAUUAAGUAAAUUUUUUCUACUUAUUGAAAAGUAUAAA